AUGGUGAUACACGACUCGAUACCCCUUUUUCUUGGGCGCGAGCGAACCCUUCAAAUCUCGCAGAAACAAAAAGACAGCCGCGGCUCCGGCUCCAUUGUCGUGCGUCAUGUGCCUCCCGCCGCCCCCACCGUUCUGGACAUCUACAUGGGCGGAAACAUGUCCUACGUGUCGUAUUUCUACAGCGCGGAGGGCAAGUCGCAGAUCAUUCUGAUCUAUACUUUCAGCGCAGAGCCGGGGCAGAUAUAUCUGCGCUGGCCCAAGGGUUCUCGAGAGGUCGGCCUACGGCGGCUGCAUCUGCAGUCCGACGACUACAACAUCAGUCUGGCCUUCGACGCGCCUAGCGUUCCAGCCACGGCCACGCACCUGUCGCUUGCCGAUAUAGAUUUCGUGCACCAGAGGAAACAUUAG